GAGAGACUGGAGAGGAGGUGCCUGAAGUAGGCAAGGCAAUUUCCUCAUCAGGGUGAUAAAAACGGGCUUUUCAAAGACUAGCCCAUUUCCUUGGGAAUGUAACCCGUGAUCUUCAGUUCCCCAGAGAAGUGAAAUUAGCAGCCAGGAAUCCAGUAAUUCCUGUUAUCUGCAGGCUUUAUAAGUCAGCCAAGCCAGAUGGCCGGCACUCUGGCACUCCAAACGCUGCUGUCUUCUCACCAAGUCCUGAAUCGGAGAAGUGCCAGGAUGUCUCAGUCGCUGCCCGCCUUGCUGCUGCUUCUCCUCCUCUCUGUCCAUGGCACACUGGCCCUGAGGGUCUGCUCCUUCAAUGUGAGGUCCUUCGGGGAAACCAAGAGGGAAAACCAGAAAGUCAUGGACAUCAUUGUGAAGAUCAUCAAACGCUGUGACAUCAUGCUUCUGAUGGAAAUCAAGGACAGUAACAACAGGAUCUGUCCCAUGCUGCUGAAGAGGCUGAACGGAAAUUCACGAAGAGGCAUAAAAUACAACUAUGUGAUCAGCCCUCGGCUGGGAAGAAACACAUACAAGGAACAAUAUGCCUUUCUCUAUAUGGAAAAGCUACUGUCUGUGAAGAAAAGCUACGUCUAUGGUGACAAUCAGAAUGGUGAUGCAGAUGUGUUUUCCAGGGAGCCCUUUGUGACCUGGUUUCAGUCGCCCCACACUGCUGUCAAGGACUUCGUGAUUGUCCCCUUGCAUACCACUCCCGAGACGUCCAUUAAGGAGAUUGAUGAGCUGGUUGAUGUCUACAUGGAUGUGAAAAAACGUUGGAAUGCUCAGAAUUUCAUUUUCAUGGGUGACUUCAAUGCCGGCUGCAGCUAUGUCCCCAAGAAGUCCUGGAGGAACAUUCGCCUGAGGACCGACCCUGGGUUCGUUUGGCUGAUUGGGGACCAAGAGGACACCACAGUCAAGGAGAGCACCAACUGUGCAUAUGACAGGAUCGUUCUUAGAGGACAGAUCAUCAGCUCUGUUGUUCCCAACUCAAACAGCAUCUUCAACUUCCAGAAAGCGUAUGAGUUGUCUGAAGAGGAGGCCCUGAAUAUCAGCGACCACUUUCCGGUUGAAUUUAAACUACAGUCUUCAAGGGCCAUCACCAACAGCAAAAAAUCAGUCUCUCCAAAGAAGAAAAAAAAGGCCAAAAGCUCCUAGAUACAAGAGCACCAUUUUAUUACCCAUUUCCUGCCUCUGAAUAAACAGCUUUAACAAAUGUGAACUGGUCCCCACACUCAGGAAAAAGACUAGUCUGACCGCUUUCAUUUUUCAACUUGAAUUUAAUCCCACUUGAACCAAAUUGGGUGGAGAGUCUUCUACCAGCCCUCCCAGGGCCCAUACCUCCCCUGAAUUGUCCAAAAGCAAACCAAAUGGGGACUUUCACAGUCCAAAAUGAUGGUCUGCACACCCUGAGGUAGAGCCCCGUCAGCUGUCGCUGCCACCGUCAGGCCCACCGCUCAGCCCUGCCCUGUGAGGUGGAGGAGGAAGAUGGGCUUAUACCUUCUGUCUUCACAAGAGGAUCCUGUUCUACCGGAAACAACCAGAAAACGCCAAGGCCCCAACGACACCCAGUGGUUUGGGGGUCACUAACUAUUUUAGGGGUCUGCCCCCUCCUGUCUGAGGUCACAUCCCAUCGUGCCUCACAGGAUGAAAGAUAAAGGCCACUCCCACCACCUCUAAAUUGUCCUCCUCCACCUCAGCCAGCCCAGUAACCAUCAGUGUCAUCCUUUGAAAUACUGUUCUGACCACAACCUACCCCACCUCAUCCUCUGCUUAUAAGUCCUGCAGGGCUCCCAUCCCAGCCCAGAUGGAGCCCCAAGUCUUUGAAAACCCACGAGGGUCUCUAUACCUGGCAUCUCAGCCCCCCUCCCCUCCCACCAGCCGCCCCUCCAGCAGGACUUCC